AACAAAAGAAACUCUUCAUGACAGACUGAAUCAUUCCCGAUUUGUGAAACAACCCCGUGUUCUAAUGGAUCUUCAGACUGCAGUGUUCUGCAAAGGUCAAAGCGGCACCAGCUCCUGAGAUGGAUGGCAGAGAGGUGUAAGGCUAAGAGGAUCAGAUGGUGAGGGGGAGGUGCCGUGGAAAAGCCAUGGUCAGAGAGAGGGAAGACGUGAGAAAAAAAUAAUUUGAAGGCAUUCCGCAGCUCUGGCACCCUCAUCUUCUGUACCUCACUUAUGCAAGGUGGAACAACAGCUAUUGUGAACGAAAAUUGCCUCUCUGAGAGAAGAGAACUGGAGAAGGAUCCAGAGCAGCGGGAGGAAGAGGACAUUUGACAGAUAAGAAGAGGGAGCUCUGCAGCAGGAUCCCCACUGUGCUCAACACAGAACUGCGUGACUGGUCUCUGCAAGCAGAGGGAGGAGAGAGGAGAGAAGGGAGGAAGGUAGGAAAGACAGAAGGGGGAGGGGAGGCGAUUCAGUGCAGUGCUAGCUGACUGGAUGAGUAGCAGCCGCGGCACAGGCAGCAGCAUCAGCACCACUAGCUGUAGCAUCUUUCUUUGUGGCUGCUGGAGGCUGUCUUGUGGCUGCUGUAGCAUCAACAUUAUCCACGCACAGACAUCUGGAGCCAGACGUUCCCACCACUCGCCUUCUGCACACAUGUCAUGGUGGCCGCCAGAGAGGAGGUAGUAAGUGACGGGGCUUAGGGGACAGAGGGGCACAGGAAGGGGAAGCAGGGACGACCUGUGGUAGGGCUGGAGCAACGGCGACUGGAGCAGCGGCAACAGUAGCAGCGGCACCAUGGCGCAAGCCGCCAAGCAGCUCCGCAAGACCAAGGACCUCGCAGAGGCCGCCGCCCAAGAGCAGAGGGAGAAGGAGGAGGAAAAGAUAAAAAAGAGGAAUCGAUCCAGAGACCGCAGGCGCAAGGCCGAUGCAGCCACCAGCUUUCUGCGUGCAGCUCGUUCAGGGAACCUGGACAAAGCUCUGGAUCACAUCAAGAAUGGAAUAGACAUCAACACAGCUAAUCAAAAUGGUCUUAACGGGUUACACCUGGCCUCUAAAGAAGGUCACGUCAAAAUGGUGUUGGAGCUCCUACACGCUGGCAUCGAGCUGGAAGCAACCACAAAGAAAGGGAACACUGCUCUCCAUAUCGCAGCGCUGGCCGGGCAGGAGAAAGUGGUGGCUGAGCUCGUCAACUACGGUGCCAACGUUAAUGCCCAGUCACAUAAAGGCUUCAGUCCUCUCUACAUGGCAGCACAAGAGAACCAUCUAGAAGUGGUCAAGUUCCUGCUAGAGAACGGAGCCAAUCAGAGUCUCCCAACUGAGGACGGCUUCACUCCCCUUGCGGUGGCCCUCCAGCAGGGCCAUGAAAACGUCGUGGCGCUGCUCAUCAACUACGGCACCAAAGGCAAGGUCCGCCUCCCCGCCCUGCACAUCGCUGCCCGAAACGAUGACACCCGAACCGCUGCAGUCCUCCUGCAGAACGACCCCAACCCUGACGUGCUCAGCAAGACUGGUUUCACACCUCUACAUAUUGCAGCUCACUAUGAGAAUAUGAGUGUAGCCCAGCUGCUACUGAACAGAGGAGCCAAUGUAAACUUCACACCUAAGAAUGGCAUCACGCCCCUUCAUAUAGCCUCCAGGAGGGGCAAUGUGAUGAUGGUCAGACUACUGCUGGACAGAGGAGCACAGAUUGAUGCCAAAACUAAGGAUGAGCUGACUCCUCUCCACUGUGCAGCCAGGAAUGGUCAUGUUCGCAUCAUUGAGAUCCUGCUGGAACACGGUGCUCCUAUCCAGGCUAAAACCAAGAAUGGUCUGUCCCCCAUUCACAUGGCAGCUCAGGGGGAUCACAUGGACUGUGUCAGGCAGCUACUGCAAUACAACGCUGAGAUCGACGACAUCACCCUGGACCAUUUAACCCCUCUUCAUGUAGCAGCCCACUGUGGUCACCAUCGCAUGGCCAAAGUUCUACUGGACAAGGGGGCCAAAGCCAACGCACGAGCUCUGAAUGGUUUCACACCUCUCCAUAUUGCUUGCAAGAAGAACCACAUGCGGUCCAUGGACCUGCUGCUGAAGCACUCCGCUUCCUUAGAAGCUGUCACAGAGUCUGGUCUCACUCCUCUUCAUGUAGCUUCAUUCAUGGGCCAUCUGAACAUAGUGAAGAACCUGCUCCAAAGAGGAGCUUCACCUAAUGCUUCCAAUGUGAAAGUGGAGACUCCCCUCCAUAUGGCCUCCAGAGCGGGACACUGUGAAGUCGCUCAGUUCCUGCUGCAGAACGCGGCACAAGUGGAUGCCAAGGCAAAGGACGACCAGACCCCCCUACACUGUGCGGCCCGUAUGGGUCACAAGGAGCUCGUCAAGCUGCUCAUCGAGCACAAGGCCAACCCCGACUCGGCUACGACUGCAGGUCACACACCCUUACACAUCGCAGCACGCGAAGGACACGUCCACACUAUUCGAAUAUUACUGGAUGCUGGAGCACAGCAGAUAAAGAUGACAAAGAAAGGUUUCACUCCCCUCCAUGUGGCCUCUAAAUAUGGAAAGGUGGACGUGGCAGAACUCCUUCUGGAGAGAGGAGCCAACCCAAAUGCAGCCGGGAAGAACGGUCUGACACCCCUUCAUGUGGCCGUCCAUCACAACAACCUGGAUGUUGUUAAACUCCUGGUCAGCAAGGGAGGAUCUGCACACAGCACUGCCCGAAACGGCUACACUCCCCUGCACAUAGCAGCCAAGCAGAACCAGAUGGAGGUGGCCAGUUGUCUGCUUCAGAAUGGGGCAUCACCCAAUUCUGAGUCCCUGCAAGGCAUCACGCCCCUGCACCUGGCUUCACAGGAAGGAAGGCCCGACAUGGUGGCGCUGCUCAUCUCCAAACAGGCCAACGUCAACCUAGGAAACAAGAAUGGACUGACUCCUCUGCAUCUUGUGGCUCAGGAGGGUCAUGUGGGCAUCGCCGACACGUUGGUCAAACAGGGAGCCUCGGUUUACGCUGCUUCACGGAUGGGCUACACACCCCUUCAUGUGGCCUGUCACUAUGGCAACAUCAAGAUGGUGAAGUUCCUUCUGCAGCAGCAGGCUCAUGUGAACAGCAAGACGAGGAUGGGCUACACCCCUCUGCACCAGGCGGCUCAGCAGGGCCACACCGACAUCGUCACCCUGCUGUUGAAACAUGGAGCCCUGCCCAAUGAGAUUACUUCGAACGGGACCUCUCCUCUGGGCAUUGCUAAGCGGCUGGGUUACAUCUCUGUGAUUGACGUGCUGAAGCUGGUUACCGAGGAGUCCGUCUCCACGAUCACCACAGAGAAACAUCGGAUGAGUUUUCCCGAGACAGUAGACGAGAUUUUGGAUGUUUCCGAGGAUGAAGGGGUUGCCCAGCUAACGUUAGGAGACGAGCUGCUCGGUAUGGACGGAGCGCGGUAUUUGAAGCUGGAUGAUUUCAAGGACCAGGACGAUGACUUUCUCUCCCCAAAGAAGACCCUCAGAGACUUUGAGGGGGGCGUCGGUACAACGCCAUAUUCUCCUGCUAUUCCCAGGAUCCCCUGUGUGUCACCGGAGACAGUUCUGCUGGAUCAGCACACCCCCAUUCCUUUGCCAAAGGAGUACGACGAGGACUCUCUGAUCCCGAGCAGUCCUGCCACAGAGACUUCAGACAACGUCAGCCCCGUAGCCAGCCCUAUCCACACUGGCUUCCUGGUGAGCUUCAUGGUGGACGCCCGAGGAGGCUCCAUGCGAGGCAGCAGACAUCACGGCCUGCGAGUCAUCAUCCCUCCUCGAACCUGCGCUGCUCCGACGCGCAUCACCUGCCGCCUCGUCAAACCCCAGAAACUGACCACGCCUCCUCCGCUGGUGGAGGGGGAGGGCCUCGCCAGUCGGAUCAUCUCACUGGGGCCGUCCAGUAUGCAGUUCCUUGGACCGGUGAUCGUAGAAAUCCCUCACUUUGCCUCACUGGGCCACGGCGACCGGGAGCUCGUGGUCCUCCGCAGUGAAAACGGAUCGGUCUGGAAGGAGCACCGCAAUCGCUAUGGCGACGAAGUGCUGGAAACUAUUCUGAACGGCAUGGAUGAAGACUUGGAGAGUCAAGAGGAGCUGGAGAAGAAGAGAAUCCGUCGAAUCAUCUCCACCGACUUCCCCCUCUACUUUGCCGUCGUCUCCCGCAUCCAGCAGGAGAGCGACCUCAUCGGUCCGGAGGGCGGCCGGCUCACCAGUAAGCUGGUGCCCCACGUCGAGGCCAUUUUCCCCGAGACUGCCGUCACCAAGAGAGUGAGGCUGGGGCUGCAGGCGCAACCAAUCCCAGACGAGCUGCUGACCAGGCAGCUUGGUAACCAGGCAACCUUCAGCCCAGUGGUAACCAUCGAACCACGCCGACGCAAGUUUCACCGUCCAAUCGGACUGCGUAUUCCUUUACCGCCAUCCUGGAGGGAGAGUCCUCGAGAUGCUGGCGAGGGCGAUACUACCAGCCUGCGCCUCCUCUGCAGUGUCAUUGGUGGUACAGCACCAGCUCAGUGGGAAGACAUCACUGGAACCACCAAGCUGAUGUACGCCAACAACUGUGCCAAUUUUACCACCAAUGUGUCUGCAAGGUUCUGGCUGGCAGAUUGCCCGCGUACAGCAGAGGCAGUCACCUUCGCCAACUUGCUUUACCGGGAGCUAAUGGCCGUCCCGUACAUGGCUAAGUUUGUUAUUUUCGCCAAGAUGAACGAAGCACGUGAGGGACGCUUGCGUUGUUACUGCAUGACAGACGACAAGAUGGACAAAACUCUGGAACUGCAUGAAAACUUCAGUGAAGUGGCCCGCAGUCGAGAUAUUGAGCUAAUGGAGGGCAUGCCGCUGCACCUGGAGUGUUCUGGGAACCUGGUGCCCAUCCGGAAGGCCACUCAGCAGCCUCGUAGCUUCAGCUUCCAGGCCUUCAGAGAUAACAGAUUGCCCGUCUCUGUCAAGGUCAGAGAUAGUAACAAGGAUGCUACCGGAUUUUUGUCCUUUCUGCGGAAGUGCACCAAAUACGAGGACACACAGCACGUCCUGUGUAACCUGAACAUAACCAUGCCGCCUUGUGUCAAGGUUGUUGGAAGUGAGGAGCGGCGACGGACAUUAACCCCUCUCGCCCUGAGGGAGCGCUACAGUGCUCUGAACGAGCCCGGUGUGGCCACAGUGAAUGCCAUGGAGAGGACUGAGAUCAAAAUCAACAUCAUAUCUGAGCAGCUUGGUUUGAGCUGGGCAGAGUUGGCACGGGAGCUUCAGUUCGGCGUGGACGACAUCAACAGAAUCCGUGUGGAGAAUCCAAACUCACUGCUGGACCAGAGCUCUGCCCUGCUCAACCUGUGGGCCAGCAGAGAAGGCAAAAGGGCCAAGAUGGAGAGUCUGUAUACCGCUCUGAAGAACAUUGAUCGUGCCGACAUCGUCACCUCUCUGGAGGGUCCCGGUCCGCCGCCUACGGCCAGUUCUUCAGAGGAGGGCGCCUGCAGACUGGGCGACCGUGACUCCACGUUGUUGUCCCCCAGCGUCAUUAAUGAGAUCACGGACACAAGGCCAUCGCGCCUUGUGCACAAGCCACGAGUUAUUAGACCCCCGUUUUUCAGAAGGGGUUAUGGGCUGGUACAGGAGGAGCUUCUGUCCCCGGCCUCCAUGCAGUACAGCUUGCCCUCUCCGCUGGGCGUGGAGCCCUACUGGCAGGAGGUCUCCAGCCUGGAGUGCGCCCCCAUCGCCACCACGGAGGAGGACACUCUGAUGGAGAUGUCGGACGUCCAGGUGUGGCCAGCGGGGGUCAGCCCCUCGCUGGUCACGGUGGAGGACUCGUCGCUGGAGGGCAGCAGUCGCGCCGACGACUCGGAGGGCGCCACGCUCUCUCUGCCCUGCAGCUUGGGCCGCCCGAGCAGCGGAGCCAGCGGGGCCAGCGGUUCCAUCAUGGAGCUGGAGGAGGAGGAGGAGGAGGAGGAGGAAGGGGAGGUUGAGGAGGAGGAGGCACCACCGGAGCCGGCGAGUGCUCUGGCGGAGAGGGACAGGGUGAGGGCCAGUGGCGCCGUUCCCAAGGUCAAUCUGAACGGCCAGCUGGGAGGUCAGAGGUCGGACGCCAGGAGAGCGGAGGUGGUGGGAGGAGGAAGUAGAGGAGGAGGAGGAGGAGGUGGAGGAGGUGUAGGGCUGGGCUCAGUGGAGGGGAUUUCUGUUGUUGCAGGCCAGCAGGUGUACGCCCAGCGGUGUGACGUGAUGGGACUGAGCCGGGCUUCAGAGCACAACGGAGACAACCGCGUUGUGGGAGGCGGAGCGUUUCAACCCUACCUACCGGACACAGACUCCCUGCAGGGCUGGGUGGGCUCGGUGUCGUCGGGACGUGACGGCGGCGUGCCGGGCUUGCACGUGGCCCAGGAGGCCCUGCUGACUCCGGUGUGUGACACGGGUUACUCUCAUGUGCUGCGUGGGCGCCUCCUGCAGGGCACGCAGCCGUUUGACAAGGGGCUGGGCUUCUCCCAUCAGGAGGCAGGCCAGCGAGCUUGGGAGCAGGAGCAGAGGCGGGGACAGAGAGAGGAGAAGGAGGAUUAUGCUGCCGGGGCUCAGUUUGUGGAAGAACAUGGAAGCGUUCUGGCUAGAAAGGUGGGGGUGGAUGUGAGAAAGGGCGCUCAGUCAGUGCAGCGUACCAGUCUGCGGAGAGUUAAACACUGAAAUACACAAUACUACCCAGUCCUCCAGGACCGGAAAGCCACUGCCAAACCAUCCUCCACAAAAACACGACCAGACCGCAGAGGAAAAUGAGCAGGGAGCGGAAAAAGACAAGGACAAAGAUGUGCAAACUCUAAAAUGACAAACAGAAUCAUCCUCAACCUGUGACCAUGGAGCACCACAAAACAAAAGAAGAGGAGAAAAAAAACAAAAAAGAGUUCAACUUGUAGUUUUAUAAUCUUUGUAAAGAAAAAUAUCAACUAGACUAAGGCAUGACGGUUCUUUUCUUUUUAUAAAAAACAUAAAUGUUAGUAAAACAACGAAGAAAAAAGCAACAAAGUGCUUCCUGUGAACUGUAAUCGCAUGAUGACUGCUGGUGCAUGCCCUUUGACCUUUUGAACUGUCAUUAUCUACAAGCUGAAGGGGUACGAGGUACGGGGCUGGCCCAUACGUGGGCCACGGGCCUCUUUAAGGACCUUUUCUCCCCAACUGGAGCGGUUUGUGUCGGCGAGUUGAGUCCAAAAACACUACAGCCAACAGAAGUCUCUGAAUGGAUGGUUGUGUACAGCUCUGCCUCUGCUGAGCCUCCCUUCCCCUCCUAUUCUCAGUGUGAUAUAUGCACUCUAUGCUACGUGGACAUGUGUCGGUGUGUGUAUGUGUGCGUGUAUUCUUCUCUACCGCAUGUGUUUCUUGCUUCCGGCUUGGCGCUGAGCCCUGCCCCAUGAUUGGCUUCUUGUCCCUGUGAUGUCACGGCGUGCUCAGCGCUGGAAUGAGCUCCCUCUGCUCGUGAGUUCGUGUCUGCGUGUGCCUACGUCUCCUUUCUUUUCGCUUUUCCGUUUCUUUGGAAGUCGUCCACUUUCAGCUUCGUUUGACUCCGGUGGAGAGCCGAGCCUCUGCCCCUCCUCGUGGUUUCAGGGGAAACAUGUUUUCAGACGGUGGGAAUUUUUUUCUUUGGAAAUACGGUUGAUUGCUUGAUUGCAUUGUGCAGCAGCUCUACAGCGCAAAGCUUGACUUUUUCCUUCUCUUGUGACCUUUUCUACGUUCUUCCAUUGUUUCUCCCAGUAGUGUACGUCACCUCCUCAAUCCACAACUUCUACCAGUAGCCUCCGUCCAUAUGCAGUACUAUCACAGGCCUCUCAUCAGCAGCAUCCUGUAGAUCCUCCAUCCAGUGUUUGAAAUGUUCUGUUUGGAUCUUUUUGUGCUCUCUUUUCUGCUUGCAACGGCUGGAGCACCUCACUGUCCAACUUUGGGUCAUUCAUUAGAGAGCGGAGAAGACGUAGAUGAUCUGAUUCAUGUGAGGAUUUUCUAUGUGAUUGUGAAGGAAGCGUGCAGCGAGGACAGGCAGGUAGCACUGUGAUUGUCUUAUCAACACGGACCCCAGACUCGUGAACUAUCAACACACACGUUCAUACAAACUACAAGCGAAGCCACACACACACACACCUCUACAUGAAGAGCACAUAUCCAGAAACACACACAGUUCCAUAUUUCCUGCCUGGUCAGAGUGUCCGAUAGUUUUCCACAGCAAUAAUUCCUAUAUAUUCCUAUACAAGAACAAGAGAUGGAAGCCAGGGUUCAGGUGUCUGAGAACGUGAAAGGACUGAACUCCUCAGUGAACACAGAAGCUCCGUCUGGACGAGCAGCGUUUGGCAGCUGCUUCCGUCGACCUUGAAGCGAAUGAGUCAGAAGAUGCCAGAUCAGAUGACUCAGCUGUAGCAGUUUGGGACUGUGGAGGCCUCAGAGGGUUGUUUGUGUUUCAGCACUUAACGUAGCAAAACCUAAACCAGGAUACGUCCGUUUAUUUCUCUGAUGCCCGUUAAGGAGUUUGCUGCUGCCGUGAGGUGGAAUCCACCCGACUCCUCUUCAUUUCUGAGUACUUUAAGUUGUCAUUGUUGAUGUUUCACACACUGGCAUCGCUCACCUCUUUAUGCAGAAACCUGAUGGCAGCGCUACGACGGGGUUAAAUCAUGGUAGCACACACAACUCACCGUUUAUCUCAUAAGUACUGUAAACGCUACUGUAGCCUGAAUGACUGAGACACCGAAUGGAUGAACGAACACUUUAGUUAGACGUCACACUAAUGCACAUGUUUUCCAUGCCCAGUCCGUGCAUGAGAAGCUCAUCCGAUAUAUAGCACAUGUUUUUGAACAUAUCACGUUUUCCACUGUUCCUCCACUCAGGUUUUCAGUUCUGCUCCGUCAGAAGCAAAAUGUUUUCGUCUUUAAGUUCCGAGUCCUCCUCUGGAAGACGAGCGCGGUGCACGAAGGGAGUGUUUCAGAGGAAAACUUUGGGGCAGUUUGGGGUGGGAUUGUUUUUUUGUUUGUUUGUUUUUUGGUGAAUGUAUGAAGCUGUGUGGGUUGUGUGUGAGAAUGGGUGUAUGUGUGGGUUAGUUAUUUGAUUGACCAAAAAGCAAAGAGAGCGUUGAGGCUCCUGCAGCCUCCUCUCUGUGGGUCGUGUUUGUCUGAAUUCAGUUUUAACACCAGACAGGUUUUGGUGAAGACUAAACCAGUUCAAUAAAUUAGUGUCAGGGUUUUAUUUGAGAAACGCAUCAAAACACCUACCAAAAGACACACAAGAUGCCCACUCUGUAUUUACUCAACUUUCACAGCUUUUGGAUAAUGUAGGAGUGUGACUCCCACCAUGACUUAAGUAGGUCAUUAUGUUAAGGAAUGGCUGGAUUUUCCACAAAAUGCAUUCCUUAAUCCUGUGUUGAAGUUACAAUCCUUAAGAUUUGCAUUGUGUAAAUCCUCAUUUCGAUGCUGUUUCCGGUCAAUCAUGUAGCGUCACAUAGAUUCUGUAAUCGUGUGUCUGUGUAGUAGUGGUGGGGAUUUAAAUUACGUAGCGUGAAAAAAUGAAAAUUACUCGUGUGUGUGUCGGUGCAUGCACGCAUUUCACAUUAUCCAACAGUCAGUCAGGAGUAAUGCCGAGUCUGUUCGUUGGGGUGAGCUUUAAACACAUGGUUGCUUUUGUUUUGUGUUGAAAAAACUGCUUAAAACUCGUUUAGACCAUCAUGUAGAUCAGGGGUGUCAAACUCAUUUUAGUUCAGGUUCCACAUUCAGGACAAUAUGAUCUCAAGUGAUCCAGAUCAGUUAAAUUACCGCAUGAUAACCUAUAAAUAACAACAACUCAGUUUUUUUCCUUUGUUUUAGUGCAAAAAAGUACAUUCUGAAAAUAUCACAUUUGAGGAUUUUUCUUUUUUUUUCACAAAACAUUAUGAGCAAUCAGAAAUUUAUGAAGCAAAAUUAAUUCAAUUUCAAAUCAAAAUGACAAAUCAGACAAAAAAGACAAAAAACUACAAAAACAAGACAAAAUAUUACAAAAAUGAGACUCAAAAAAAGACAAAAGACACGAAACAACAAAAAACAGACAAAAAAUUGGACAAAAAAGUCACAAAGGGACAAAAAAAUGGACAAUGACAAAAAUGAGACAAAAAAUGACACGAAUGAGACCUGAAAUGACAAAAGCAAGAAACAAAACAAGAAAAAAAUGGACAAAGUACACAAGCAAGACAAAAAAAAAAAACGACGAUACGAACAGUACACAAAACAACAAAUAAAGCAAAACAAAAUGACAAAAAUAAAACAAAAACAAGUCAGACAAAAGACAAGAAAAACAAGACAAAAUAUUAGAAAAAUGAGACGCACAAUGACAAAAACAAGACAAAAUAUUACAAAAAUAAGACAAAAAAUGACAAAACAACAAUGAGCAAUCUAGUAUUUUACUUUAUGAUCUAAACAACUUGUCAUGAUCUAGAAAUUAUUUAAAAUUUAUAGUUUUACUAAUUUACAAUCUGCAGUUAAUGUCUUCUCUGUAAUUUUUAUACUUUGAGGGCCAGAUUGGACCCUCUGGAGGACCGCUUUUGGCCCACGGGCCGCAUGUUGAACACCCCUGAUGUAGAUGGUAAUUUACUGGUAACACAAAAGUUGUCGAAAGUUUUUCUGUCUUGUUGGGAGAGUUUGGAGUCUUGAUCACCAAAUCAUCCAGGAGUGAAAUCUUAAGGAUCAUAACUUUGACUUUAGUCGUUCUUUCCUUGUUAAAUAAUCAAAUGUAAACAAAAAAAUGAAAUGUAAUUAAUAGCUUUAUGUUCCGUUGAACCUGAUUUUGGAUUUUCUGUCUGAAUGAAAGCAGCCAGUGAUCCUGAUGAAUUCACCUCCACCAUGUGUGUGUGUGUGUGUGUGUGUGUGUACAGUGUGUAAGUGUGAGUGUGUGAUGAUGAUGAUGAUGAUGAUGAUGAUGAUGAUGAUGAUGCUUGGUUCUAAAACCUCAUUGGAUCAGAGGCUAGAAGAGAGCAUUUGACUUGAGAGGACGUGUAACCUGCGACGAUGUAUUUAAAAAACAAAGUAUUGUAAAAUUUUAACUGUUGCGAAGAAUAGAGAUCACCUAUACUCCUUUAGAAUGGAUACAUGACAAUGUAAACGCAAUAUCAUAUUACUCUAUCCUAAGGAAUGCAACUGCGCACAUGCACAAAAAAGAUGUUUUUAUGAAAAUAUAUGUAUAAAUAUAUGACAAAAUAUAUUUAAUUAGAAUGCUAUGCACCCUCAUAGAGUUGUUAUGGAUGUUCUUUAAGCAUUAUCUAGACUAGGUCAACGCCCACAUCAUGGGGAAUGUAGAGGCUUUGUAGCUAUGACCACUUGUUUUCUUUUCUUUUGUAUUGUCCUGGAGAGAGGAUAAACAAACGUGAAUAUGUAUACAAGCCUUUCAAUCAGAGUCAUUCUGACAUGAAGAUAUGUAUAGAUCAUCUUACCCUGUACACCAGCUCAAACCAUUUACAAGAAUUAAUAAACAUGUGACAUAAA